UCGUUCACUUUCACUCAGACCGCGCUCGUGCGACUUCUGCAAGCGACUGCAGUCGACACUUCGACAGUCGUUCAGUUACCCGCUUGUCGAGUGCGUCUCAGCUGCUGUGGUGGUCACGUCGAAGAUAGACGACACGCUUUACAGACACGAUAUCAGAAAUUCGCACAAUGAUCUGACACCAAGCAUGAACAUGAAAGAGCCAUGGCCGGCCAUACAAUCACGAAUUACCAAACAUUACUAUACCUGUUCACGUUCGUCACAAUUGGCGAAAUAUUGUGUCAGGGUAAUAGAGACGUUCCUGCGUCGAGACUGCAGACGCCACUGCCGAAGGGACGCGCCAUACCUGUAGCCUCCGCCAAUGGAGGCCCUGCAGCGAACGCUAUCGGCCGCCCGACCAAACAACAGCAGCAAGACGCCAUUCAGAAACAAACAACGCCGACUCCGCCGGUCUCGGUCAAAGAGCUGUUCAACUCUUCGUCGUGCGUCGAACCUCCGUUCACGUGCCCUCAUCCGAGGAUUCAGUUUUACUUGUACACCAGGCUCACGCAGAACAAUCCCGACUUGUUGGACGUGACCGACCCGGAAUCGCUGUACACGUCACAUUUCAACCCCAAACAUCCGGUCAAGAUUAUCAUACAUGGUUUCCAAGGUGGUCGAAAUCUGUCGCCGAGUACCGAUCUCCGGAACGCUUAUUUCACUCGAGGAAACUAUAAUAUUAUCAUUGUGGACUAUUCAAGUUUGGCACAAAUACCUUGUCUGAACCAAGUGGAAUGGGCGCCCAGAUUUUGUGCAAUGUGCAUCGCUCAACUGGCCAACUACCUGGCCGACCAUCCCCGAGGAGUUCCACCCGAUAAGCUACACAUGAUGGGGUACAGCGUGGGCGCUCACAUCGCAGGGCUGGCGUCCAACUUCAUCAACUCGGGAAAAAUCGGUCGUAUCACUGGCUUGGACCCGACGAUCAUAUUCUACAUGAGCAACAACAGAUCCAGGGACCUCGAUCCCACGGACGCYCAUUUCGUGGACAUCAUACAUACGGCGGCGGGCAUUCUGGGUCAGUGGGGCCCUAGCGGACACGCCGAUUUUUAUGUCAACGGAGGCACUUCUCAGCCCGGUUGCGCCAGCGACAGUAUCAUACAGACGUUGUCGUGCGAUCACACCAAAGUGACACCGUACUUCAUCGAAUCAAUCAAUUCCAACGUCGGGUUCUGGUCAAUACCGUGUUCCAAUCGAUUUUACUUCAACUUGGGCCUUUGUAAUCCUCCGGAGUCUGAGUACGUUUUGAUGGGUGAACACGUGACACACAAAGCUCGUGGAAUUUAUUACUUACAUACGAACGCGAAAAAACCUUACGCAAGAGGCUUCCCCAAAAAGACGUGAUCGUCAGUGUCGACGUUCAGCGCACGGAUACCUUUGCAACAAUACACUCAAUAAUAAUAAAAUAUACAAAAAAAAAGGCCUAGUCAAAUAAUAAUAUAAUAAUUAUUAUUAUAAUAUCGU